GCGUCGACUGGAUACAGUAUGUCGCGGAAGGUGUUCAACGAUCAAGUCCAUGGGUACAUCUCCAUGAGUCCGCUGUGCGUGUCGAUCAUCGACACGCCGCAGUUCCAACGGCUUCGCGACCUCAAGCAGCUCGGCACGCUGUACUAUGUGUUUCCUGGCGGGUCGCACAAUCGCUUCGAGCAUUCGUUGGGCGUGGCGCACCUUGCUGGCGCAACAGUCGAGCGCUUCCAAAUCAACCAACCGGAGCUUGACAUCACUGCGAAAGAUGUGGAUCUUCUGAGCGUCGCCGGUCUUGUGCACGACUUGGGGCAUGGGCCGUUCUCGCAUGUGUUUGACGGCGCGUUCAUGCCGGUCGCCCGUCCAAACAGCUCGUACUCGCACGAAGACAUGUCCCUUCGCAUGCUCGAGUACCUUGUGGACGACAACUCCAUCGAUAUGGACACGCACGACAUUCGUUUUGUCCAGCAGAUCAUCCAGGGCGCCAAGCGGUGUCUCUCCUUCCUCUUCCUCACCCCCCCCUCAUCUCCAUGUAGCACGCAUCAAGCGCGCGUGGACGGCCGCGGCUUCCUCUACGAGAUCGUCGCGAAUGGACGCAACUGCAUCGAUGUGGACAAGUUCGACUACCUGGCGAGGGACAUGGAGAACCUCUUUGGCGGGAAGAAGGGCUUCGACUGCUCUCGACUGUGGCAUUAUAACCGAGUGAUCGGCAACGAAAUCUGCUACCACACGUCGGUCACGGGAGAUAUUUACGAGAUGUUCCAGCAGAGAUAUUACAUGCACAAGCAGAUUUACAACCACCGCAAGGGCAAGGCUGUCGAGUACAUGAUCUGCGACGCACUGCUAUUGGCCGACAAGGAACUCGGGAUUUCGUCGUCCACAGAGUCCCCCGAGAGAUUCCAGUAUAUGACCGAUCAUAUUGUCAAAACCAUCGAGUGCUCGACGUCCGCGGCGCUCGGACCGGCGCGCGCCAUCAUCCGCCGCAUCCGGACGCGCCAUUUGUACGAGUUUGUGGACGAGUAUCUCGUACCCGCCGACUUGAUGAACCAUAUUCCAAAGUUGACGGCAGAGGACAUUGCGUGUGCGUCCAACGCAGCGGCGCUAAAUUUGAACGUGGACGACAUCAUUGUAUACGACGGCCGGUUGAAUUACAAUCUCAAGGACAAAAAUCCAGUGGAUAUGGUGUCGUUUUACUCAACAUCUGACUUGAAUCACAAGUUCCACACCCCCAAGGAUGAAGUGAGCUUGCUCUUUCCCGACAAGUUUGAGGAGCGUAUUCUACGAGUUUUCAGUCGCAAUUCGGAUGGAAGUGUCAAGCACGCCAUUUCCGAUGCCUUCCGUCGCCAUUUGAAGCAAUAUACCCGUCGGUUGCCGUUCUCACCUGCGUCCAAGGUAGGACCCAAACCCCCUCUGGCGUUUCGUCCGUCGUCGUCGACUUCUCGAGUGUUGGCGUUGGACCUGGACGACGCGAGUGCCACGAAAAGAGCCAAGUUGGAGGAGCACUAGAUGUGACAAUAUUCCUAAAUAUACUUCAAAUAUUUUUC